GCCAGUAGGGAGAGGCGGCAAGAUGGCGUCUACGGCGGCCGGCAAGCAGCGCAUCCCCAAAGUGGCGAAGGUGAAAAACAAAGCGCCCGCGGAAGUGCAGAUCACAGCAGAACAGCUCCUGAGAGAAGCCAAAGAGAGAGAGCUUGAGCUUCUUCCUCCACCUCCACAACAGAAGAUCACAGAUGUUGAAGAGUUAAAUGAUUAUAAACUCCGGAAAAGGAAGACUUUUGAAGAUAACAUACGGAAAAACAGGACUGUUAUCAGUAACUGGAUAAAGUAUGCACAAUGGGAGGAAAGCCUGAAAGAAAUACAGAGAGCCCGUUCCAUAUACGAGCGUGCUUUAGAUGUAGACUACAGGAAUGUCACACUGUGGCUGAAAUAUGCAGAGAUGGAGAUGAAGAACCGCCAGGUUAAUCACGCCAGGAACAUUUGGGACCGUGCCAUCACCACCCUCCCCAGGGUCAACCAGUUCUGGUAUAAGUACACGUACAUGGAGGAGAUGUUGGGGAACGUUGCUGGAUCACGUCAGGUGUUUGAGCGCUGGAUGGAGUGGCAGCCAGAGGAGCAAGCCUGGCAUUCCUACAUCAACUUUGAGCUGAGAUACAAGGAGGUGGACAGGGCACGCACCAUUUAUGAGAGAUUUGUUAUUGUUCACCCUGACGUGAAGAACUGGAUCAAGUACGCCCGCUUUGAAGAGAAACACAGUUACUUUGCUCAUGCCAGGAAGGUGUACGAGAGGGCAGUGGAGUUCUUUGGGGAAGAGCACAUGGAUGAGCACUUGUACGUGGCCUUCGCAAAGUUUGAGGAGAACCAGAAAGAAUUUGAAAGAGUAAGAGUGAUCUACAAGUAUGCCUUGGAUAGAAUUCCAAAACAUGAGGCCCAAAAUCUCUUCAAGAAUUAUACCAUCUUUGAGAAGAAGUUUGGAGACAGGAGGGGGAUUGAAGACAUCAUUGUCAGCAAGAGGAGGUUCCAGUAUGAAGAGGAAGUGAAGGCAAAUCCCCAUAACUACGACGCCUGGUUUGACUAUCUGAGGUUGGUUGAAAGUGACACAGAUGCUGAGACUGUCAGAGAAGUGUAUGAAAGAGCCAUUGCCAACGUACCCCCAGUCCAAGAGAAAAGGCACUGGAAAAGAUACAUCUAUCUUUGGAUUAACUAUGCAUUAUAUGAAGAGCUGGAGGCAAAGGAUGCUGAGAGAACCAGACAAGUGUACCAGGCCUGUAUCGAGCUCAUUCCCCACAAGAAGUUUACAUUUGCCAAAAUAUGGCUGCUGUAUGCACAGUUUGAAAUACGCCAGAAAAAUCUUCCACUUGCCAGAAGAGCUUUGGGGACAUCCAUAGGUAAAUGUCCAAAAAACAAACUGUUUAAAGGUUAUAUUGAAUUGGAGUUACAACUGCGAGAAUUUGAUCGGUGCCGAAAGCUGUAUGAAAAAUUCCUGGAAUUUGCACCAGAAAACUGCACAUCGUGGAUUAAAUUUGCUGAGCUGGAGACCAUCCUGGGGGAUAUUGACAGAGCCCGUGCCAUAUAUGAGCUGGCUAUUGGCCAGCCCAGGCUGGACAUGCCUGAGGUUCUUUGGAAGUCCUUCAUUGACUUUGAGAUUGAGCAAGAGGAAUACGAGAAAACAAGAAACCUUUACCGCAGGCUGCUGCAGCGGACACAGCACGUUAAGGUCUGGAUCAGCUUUGCUCAGUUCGAGCUGUCUUCUGGAAGGGAGGAGAACUUGUCAAGAUGCAGGCAGAUUUAUGAAGAGGCCAAUAAGGCAAUGCGAAACUGUGAGGAGAAGGAGGAGAGAGUGAUGCUUCUGGAGUCCUGGAGGAACUUUGAAGACGAGUUUGGAACUGAUACCACUAAAGAGAGGAUAGAUAAGCUUAUGCCUGAAAAAAUAAAGAAGAGGAGAAAAGUGCAGGCAGAAGAUGGGUCUGAUGCUGGCUGGGAAGAAUACUAUGAUUAUAUUUUCCCAGAAGAUACUGCCAAUCAGCCUAAUCUCAAACUGCUUGCUAUGGCUAAACUCUGGAAGAAACAGCAACAGGAGAGUGAAGCUGCAGAGAUGGAUCCAGACAAAGACAUAGAUGAAAGCCAGUGUUAGUACAUCACCUUUUCUGCCCAUUUUCUUGGGCUAUUGUACAGUAUUUUCAUUGGUGAAAAAUAAAUGUAUUUGAAGAGUUU